AUGUUACCUACUCCUGAAGACAAUAUACCGACCAUUAUGGAACGUGUACGAAAAGAAUAUAUUCAACGCACGUACGAUAUCAAGGAAUGGAACGAUGCUACCGAUUUCUUGGAAAAAUUGGCUCGCAAGACUGGUAAACUGCAAAAGAAGGGAGAGCCCGAUUUCCACAAUACGGCCAUGAUGGUGUUGAACGAUUGGCUCCGUGGUCGAUUGCCCUACUAUGUUCCUGCUCCUUCUUUCACCAAAAAUGGAGAUGACUCAUAUAUACCAAAUCAAGCGAAACAAGGUCUCAUAAAGCCAUCGACUAAGAAUACAUCGUUUGCGCUUCGAUUGCUCUGUCCUCCGGCAUCUUUUACCCCUGUUCAUCUUCAGACAUAUAUAAAAAGAUCGAGCGUUCGCUGA